AUGCAGCUCACGGGGGGGGCCUUGCCCCACCGGAGGGCCGCUUCUCCAGCGCCUUCUCCACAGGUAGGUCCCAGCUCUGUGCGCAUCGGAUCCCCGCUGCGCCCCAGCCCUAGCUCGGCUCAGGCACCCGUGGCUGACUUGCAUUGUGUCUCCGCAGACAGGAGUGAAGCGGCCGGAGGUGGCUGCCCUUCUCUGUCCCAGGCUCUCAGCCCGCCCGCCUCGGCCACUGUGGCCGCUGCCUUGCCUGCCCCGUUCCCCCGGGACGCGGCUGAGCUGGUGCCUUCCAUCUCUCAGCGCAGGAAAAGGACCAACUUCACCACGGCUCAGCUGGAGACGCUGGAGCUGGUCUUCAACAACACCAUGUACCCCGAUAUCUACUUGAGGGAGAAGCUGGCCGACAUGACCCAGAUCCCGGAGUCCAGGAUCCAGGUCUGGUUCCAGAACAGACGUGCCAAAUCCCGGCGGCAGCGAGGGAAACCUUGCAGCAGUCCAGCAGCUGCAGAGCCUUUCCCUAGCCACAAGGCUCCUGCCAAAAAUGCACAUCCAGCGGUGGGCAUUCAGCAGCACACCUCAACCACAGAGCCGCACCAUUACUACCAGGCCCCUGGGGGCCCUUCAGGGGUUGCCUACGCUACCCAGCCUCAUUUUCCCAGCAACGGUCCAAGCACUAGCGUAAAGGCUCUGGAGGAUCAGCAACCUCAUUACGCGCUGUCGGGAGUAGCCCAGAUCAUUCAAAUAAAAGAGGAAAACGCGGGUCCGUACAAGUGGCCCUCCACAAUGCCCUUACAGCCUGGGCUGCGGGUGGAUUUUGAGGGCGUCCCUCCGAAUAGGGCUAUCGGAUCUGAAAUGAACUUUCUAGUGCCCUCUCUGCCCCUUUCCGCCGGGGCGAGUAGACAUGGCGGCAGGGGGAAGCUGUGUGGUCCUCAUGUCCAAACGCCGCAGACUAUGUGUGGACAAUAUUCGCCCGUCUCUGAUGCAGACGACACCAGCGGCUAUUCCGAGUCCAGUUCAGAGUGGGAGGAGAGCACCCUAAGUGCCUUCAGAGGAAUCUGA